AUGUGCACUUUCUUCAACAGGAUUGUCGGGAAAAUGGUGAGAACCCUAAAUAAUGUGUCCGAGCUGAGACAGACUGGGUUUGGUCAGCCGAGUCCCAGACACGGUCUGAGCUUGUUGUGGUGGUUUGCUCAUGAUUGUGUUAAGAUUGACUCGAACGGUCGUAUGAUUGCAGAAUGCAACCCUAAAAAUGGAGCUUUUGGUUUUGAACUAUUCCAUAAUAGGGAAAGCCUUCUUCCUUACACUGAUCUACUAUACUAUGAGGUGGGAAACCUGCACAAAGCCCGCUCACUGCCUCCUUAUGUCAUUGAGAAGUACACUGGAUAUUCAGACGACAGCAACACAGAUCGCAUCAUUGUUUCCUUUGACUCAAGGCUGAACAAAUUUGAAAAGAUUUAUGUGACACAGCAUUCAGAUCAGAAAAACUUUGAACAAAAUCGCACCUACUGUAUUAGUACUGAUCUCCUGAAGGACAUUAAAGAGUUAAGUCGUGAAGACUUCCUCAGAGGACGCACAAAUCGUUCUGAACAGUUCUCUAUAAGCAUGCCUCCGUCAGUGCAGCGCAGGCAGACAAACACCUGUCUGAGCUGCAAAUGCCGCUGUGCUCUGAUUUGCUGUUCUCUGCUGUUCACUGCUAUUGUUGGUGGAGCUAUUGCUCUCUAUUUGUAUUUAAAGCCAAAAUAG